CUUGAGAGGCGAGGUGUGGUUGCAGAUUUGGUGGCGUUUGGAUAACACGCUGUAAAAUUGGCUACUUCUUCUGCAUUACAGGUAAAUUUAACAAUUAAAACUCCUUGUGAUUAAGAUACGGGAGCCGUUUUUUUCACAGGAUUGGAAAUACAUCCGAUCGAUAUUUGUCUUGGCAGCCAGUUCAUAGUAAUGUUUUAUGGCUCGUGCUACGCCAUGUUCAAUUUCAAAAGGUUUCUGGAUAGACGGAAAGAUUACUUUUAAAAUGCAGUUUAUCUUCGCGAUGUCCCUCUUUUUAGAACCUGGCCGGGCUAGUUAAAAAGCCAGAACUUCAGUAGUGGUUUUCAUGUAAGUUGCGAAGGUUAAAUCUCUGAGACUGAAGUCUGGUGAGAGCAUACGUUUGAUACUUUGCUUAGCAUCUGCAUUUAGUGUGAUGUCUACCGACUACGGUGUAGGGGUUUACAUGUCUUGAAUUAGUUUUCCCGCUGAGCCAAUAUAUUUAAACUUUUACUCAACCUUUGCUGAUUGCUUAUUUGGAUGAGAGCUGUUGUAGCUGAUACAUAAGUUUGUUUUCUCUGAAUAGUCACUGUUCAGCCAGUAAUUGACUUCAAGAAUUGUUUAAACUUAACUUCAGUAACCUUUUGAGCACGACAGUAUAUUGUAUGUUAUUUUACUGCAAUAGUUUGUUAUGAACAUCUACUACAUAAUCCAUAAGAAACUUUCUUUCCUUUUAUGGGAAGUCAGAAUCUGUGUGUGUGUGUGUGUGUACUUUUGACCCUCAAACAUUGUGAAAAUUAUAAUACAUUAAUGGGUUUGGAACAUUUGAAUUAGCUUGCCUCUGCAUACUUUUCAUUCAUGUGUACUUGAUACCCUUUGGUAUAAUUCACUUCUGGCCCUGGUUGUUCAAAGGUUAGAUAAUGCUAUCCACUGGAUAAAUUGCUAUCUGGUGGAUAGCUCAGUACAUUUUCUUAACAGUUUUCUGCUGGAUAGUGAUUUAUCUGUUAGAUAGCAUUAUCCACUUUUUGAACAACUGGGUCCUGAAGGCUAUAUUCUUCCGACAGAAUGUUCCCAAACCUCACAGGUCACGGUUGUUGGUGUUAAUAUCACUAAGGUCAAUUUUCUACACAAAGUGAAACCUAACUAGGGGGCAAACAUUAUGUAUGUCAUUGAUUAAAAACUUAGCCCAAAGAGUGUGGAGAGAAGGAAUUUUUAUGUUUCUCCUUUUUUUUUAAUUUGGGUGGUUAUGCAUUAAAUAUUCAACCACAUGUUAUGUAUUAUAAUCUACUUUUGACAUUCCAGUUUUAAUUUUUUUUUGUUAAAAACUUGGUUCAACAGCAAAAUAAGAACUCUAACACCUCCCCCCCCUUUUUUUUACACAGUUAAGUUACCUCAAUUGAGAUUAGCCAUGUUUUCUUUUCUUAAUGAUGCCUCAGAAAGUUCUGGUACUUACUGAAUUAUUUUCUUUUUUUCCACAGUCAGGGUGUGUGCCAUCUAGUGCUUGUAGUUGUUGUGUGAUAGUUAUUUGGUUCUGGCUACAACAUGGAUGCACUGAAAAGAAAGGCUAAAGAAACUCAAGAGGACAUCAAACGGGCAGAGAACAAAUAUAAAGACCUGAUACGCCUCCUCAGGCAAGCAGAGGAAAGGGCUAGUCUGGCUGAUGAUGAAGUGGAGGUACUUAAGCAAAGGAUCCAAAAUAAAAAGGAGGAAUUGGCAAACAGCUACAGGCAACUCAAGGAAAAGCAACAAGGUCACCAAGCCACAGAAGAGAUCGCAGAAGAGAGCGAAAAGAUCAGAAAGUCUCUUGAAUCUAAAGAAUUUGAAGUCAGUGAUGUACUUGUCAUGCUUGAGAUAAAGGUUAGAGAUAAAAAGAGACAAGCUGAUGAAGCUGAGGAGCGUUUGGCUGAGGCAAAGGUCAGGUACAGUUGCAUGAAGUCUGAACUGAGUGAGCUUCUUGCAAGGUUGAAUACAGCUGAAUCCAAGAUUGUCAAGCUCAGUGAAGAAUCUGAUUCUACCACUGUAAGACUCAUUAAUUUAGAAUCAAAGCACAGGCGAUACUCUAAACGUGAAGAAUACUUUGAAGACAAGGUUGAGACCACAGAGCAACAAAUCAGGAACUUGGAAACAGAGGCCAUCGCUAAUGAAGCUGAGAUCAAGAUUCUAGUGGUUCAACGGGACAGAUUGAAACGUAAGAAACCACAUAUACCAUUUAGUGCGCACUCUGAUUACUUUACAGUAUGGGUGAAGAAGUAAUGGUUAGAUUUCCAUGCUGAUCUCAUUGUCUUGGAAAAAAGGGCUGAAACAGGCAGCUAGCUGUUUUCAGUAGUUUUGAGUUUUGGUUUAAAGCUUAAGACAGAAGUUUCUUCCACCCAUAGAAAUGGAAAGAGACUUCUGCAUAACUUGGGGCAAACCAGGUGUCAUUGUUUCUUUUUGUCUCUGUUUACAAGUCUGUUUGUUUUUCAUUUCAGAACAAGUGAACUCAUGGAAAAAGCGAGUAGCAAAUCUGUCAAGGGAACUAGAAGAUGUGAAAGCAGAUCUUAACUAUUGAUUGGUGACCAGUCAGCCAUCACAAGUAACUUGCCAAUUAAAUGUGGAUUAUCUUUGGGAGAGGAAGAUUGUAUUUGUAAUAUAUUAGAAUGAAUACCCUAGUGCUACAAGAAUGUCAGGGAUUGGGUAGUGAGCAGCUACAUAAAUGUUGAAUUUGUUUUGUGAGAACCUGUCUAAGGAAUGAUGCAAGGGACUUCUAAGAGCAAUGCUGGGAUAGUCUUUUUUUAAUAAUGAAUUCUUGAGAGUAUUCAUUUUAGAUGAUUAUUCUCUGUGUACAAAUAGAUUUUUCUUCCUAUCUUUUAAAAGAGAGCACAAAAUCAAUGGAUGUUCAUACAUUGAAUUGACUCGUGGUUCUCUACAUGUUAUUUGUGGAUUUCUUUUCCCACAUAUCUAAAGUUAGGAAGCUUCUGACUGGCAGGCCCAUAUUACUAGCAAAUAACACUUAUAUCCCAAUCAGUUAACAAGACAGAAAAAACUUUUAUCAAAGGUCAUCUUUUAAAGUAGUUCUUUAUAAUUUAGUAAGGAAGAGUUACUUACUGGUUAAAAAAGAAUACUAAUAAUAUCAUUUAUUUGUUCUCAGAAAUUACUCUGACCAUUCAUCUUUUUAUUGAAUGAACUCCAGUUAUCCACAAUUAUGUUAGCCUGGACAACAGUUGCUGUGUAGGAAAUGAGCCCUGGUAUACCCUCCCCCUGAUAGAGAUCAAUUAGUGAAUGAUAAGUAAAGUCUUUACAUUAAAUAAGGUUGAUCCUUUAGCCAGUGAAAUUAAGUCAUAAAGUAUGACUCCUGCCCAACAGCCUUUUAAUUCUGUCAUAGAGGCUGACACAUUUACAGAUAAGCUAAACCUCUUGUAGGUUGGCUCUUAUGGGGUGUUCUUUAAUUUUUUUCCUCCUCAGGCUCAUAGGGUUAAUUCCUACAAUAGUUUCAAAGGGAAAUAAAGAGCCAUUCAUAUCAAGUCAGAAUGGUGCAUAAUUUGAAUAUGUUAAUCUUAAUAUUGGGCAAAAUUUUUUAUCUUUAGCAAUGAAACUAGGAUACUAAGCUUCAUGAGUUGAUUGGUUUUUAGGUUAGCUGUGAGAAAUUUAGUCCCUUUUCUCUGCACCCACCAUUUAUGUUUCUCUGUUUAUUAAAGUGGAUUUGUUC